CGGCUUUAGCGUAGUACCCAUGUUUUCUCGUAUUCGAACUUGCUCACAGUUUUGUUCUGUGCUUGCUCAGUUUUCAAUGGUUUUUAGUGUGGUGUGUUCGGUGUGAAUUCAUCAUGGCUGCUGUGCUUACCGAGGAACAAUUGAAUCCGAACAGAGAUGGUUCAGACGCAGCCAUAGCCGUGUUCACAGCACACAAACACAUCCCGCAAAGCAGCACGCAUCAAACCACUCUACAGGGUGUUGUCUAUCAGUUGGACGUUGCCUUGGAGGACCCAUUAACCCAAAAGGCCGGCAUAGUGUUUAUAUAUGACAUGUCCAAUUCGAAAUACUCCAAUUUCGACUAUGAUCUGUCACAGAAAAUUUUAACACUAUUAAAGGUAAGAUGGAAUAAAUUUUUAUUAAGAUAUACCGGGUUUUCUAUUAAAACACAAUUUGUCGAUGAUUUUUAA